GCCGGCCGCGCCCCCCGAGCUGCGGCGGCGUCCGCAGGCGGAGCGCCGCCUCCGCGGUGGUGGGGACAGCGGCGGGCUCCGAGCGGCAGCAGCAGCAGGAGGAGGAGGAGGAGGAGGAAGGAGAGGCGGCGGGCGGGCUCCGCGGCGCGGCCUCCGCGCCCUCCCCGUCCCGCUCCCCGCAGGGUGGGCGCUGCGCUCCCGCGGAGCGAUGUCGGCGCGGCGGCGGCGGAGGGCGGCUGCCGAGGAGGAGGAGGAGGAGGAGGAGGAAGAGGAGGAGGAGGAGGCGGCCGAGGCGGGUAGCGACAAGGAAGUGGAUUUGGAAGAAAGACUUCACGAGUUGGACCUUAGAAGUGAUUCAGAUAUUCCUGAUGUUCCUCCACCAACAGACAGCACUCCAGAAAUCCUCAAGAGGGCUUUGUCAGGCUUGUCUGCCAGAUGGAAAAAUUGGUGGAUUCGUGGAAUUCUCUCCCUAGCUAUGAUUUCUGGGUUUUUUCUGAUUAUAUAUCUGGGAUCAUUUAUGCUGAUGCUUCUGGUCUUAAGCAUCCAAGUGAAGUGUUACCAUGAAAUCAUUACCAUUGGUUACAGAGUCUACCACUCGUAUGAUUUACCCUGGUUUAGAUCCCUCAGUUGGUACUUUUUGCUCUGUGUGAACUACUUUUUCUAUGGAGAGACUGUAGCUGAUUAUUUUGCUACAUUUGUGCAAAGAAGAGAACAGCUGCAAUUCCUCAUUCGUUACCACAGAUUUAUCUCUUUUGCACUCUAUUUAACAGGAUUCUGCAUGUUUGUUUUGAGUUUAGUGAAGAAACAUUACCGUCUGCAGUUUUACAUGUUCGCAUGGACUCAUGUCACUUUGCUGAUCACUGUAACUCAAUCUCAUCUUGUCAUCCAAAAUCUCUUUGAAGGCAUGAUCUGGUUUCUGGUUCCAAUUUCAAGUGUUAUCUGCAAUGACAUUACCGCUUAUAUUUUUGGCUUCUUCUUUGGCAGAACUCCAUUAAUUAAGCUAUCUCCCAAGAAGACCUGGGAAGGGUUCAUUGGAGGCUUCUUUUCCACUGUUGUAUUUGGAUUUAUUUUCUCCUACUUUUUGGCUCAGCAUCAGUACUUUGUGUGCCCUGUGGAAUACAACAGUGAAACCAACAGAUUUGUGACAGAGUGUGAACCUUCAGAGCUCUUCCAAAUGAAGAAAUACUCUGUGCCACCACUGCUUCAGGCUGUGUUGGGAUGGGAGACAGUGAAUUUAUACCCAUUUCAGAUGCACAGCUUUGCACUGUCAACAUUUGCCUCAUUAAUUGGGCCAUUUGGAGGAUUCUUUGCCAGUGGAUUUAAAAGAGCUUUCAAAAUCAAGGAUUUUGCAGACACAAUCCCUGGCCAUGGUGGGAUAAUGGAUCGCUUUGAUUGCCAGUACUUGAUGGCCACUUUUGUUCAUGUCUAUAUCACCAGCUUCAUAAGGGGUCCAAAUCCCAGCAAAUUACUGAAACAGCUGUUGAUACUUCAGCCUGAACAACAAUUGAGUGUGUAUAAAACCCUGAAAUCUCACCUGGUUGAAAAAGGGAUCUUGCAGCCAUCUCUAAGAGGGUAAUUUGUCAAACCAGAGGAGGAGAAGAAAACUCCUUCUACAAGAAGCCUGUGGAAAAACAUUGCAAAAGUGCACAUAAAUAAUGGCUAAAGGAAGAGUAGACUGUAGUCUGGAAAAGGUGAAUGUUUCCUGAAAUGAAUGUGAAUGCUGUGACUUCCUACUAGGACACUAAAGACCUCUUACUCCUAAAAUAAUUCAAAUUCUUACCAAGGAAUGGUACACAUGCUUUGUAUUUUAGUUCCUGAGGGGGAUGGCAGCAGCCUCUGUUCAGCACCCAGCCUGACACUCUGGAUUUAAGGAAAAAAAAAAAAGAAAUUCACUGUCAAUUUUAAUGAAUUAUUUAAAUCUGUAUAUCUUGGCAAUAUCUUUUUGAUCUCCAAUGGUUACUGAAGUGUAAACACAUCAGGGAGGCAGAAACUGCUAUAUAUGCUGAAAUUAUUAUUAGCCAAAAACCACUUGUUAGCCUCAUCAAAGAAGUACUUAGAGCCUGCUGUAUCAGAUUACCUGUAUUUACUUAACUGUUAUAAAGAUUAAACCUAGCUCUGUUUUUAAUUUAACAGCUUUCUAAUGCAACCAUUUCAUGCUUUCAAGAGAAAAGUACAUUUAUGGAAAUACAGCUGGGCAUUGAAAUACAGCUGGGCAAUUUGGAGCUGCUUUUUUUAGUGUUGUUGUUAACGUUAUAGAUAAUAAACAAGUGUGUACCUCCAGGAGUAGAGAUUACCUGAGAAAAACAGGGUUUUUCAGCUCAACAAACAGAUCAAGGAGAAUCUGAAGCUGAAGUCCCUAAUUUUCAUGGCCAGGUUAGUGUCUGCAGACUGUAAUUCAAGCCUUAUUCCUUGUGCCUCUUAACUGCUGUGUAGAAUUGGGGUGUUUCCUUCUUUUUAAAAGCACUUUGAGGUCCUGAGUAAAAAGUGAGGUUUAAGUGGUGUUUAUGAGUGUGUUACUCAGUGAAGGCAGAAAUGUUUAUCUCAUGAAUGUGCACAGUGCAAGGCAGGAUGAGUGGUUCUUCUGCUGUGUGUUAUUAUUUAUUAAGAAGAUCCUCAAGCAAGCUUGGGUAACCACAGAGCGGUUUGAAUGGAGAAUUUUUUAUAGAAAGCAGCUAUUCUGGAGGCUUACUGGGAUAUAUGAGGAGAAUUAAUGCUCUAUUAUUCUCAAUCCUAGUUUUACAACUUUUUUCAUCAUGUAACAUGUCUUGAUGCAAAUAAAAAUAUGAACUUUUUUUUUGAAAUGACAAAAAUUUUUGCUGUACAAACAGAAAGCACAAAUGCCAAUUUUGUUUUCAUAUACUGUAAAUUGGUACAACUUAAUUUUUCCAAUGAACUGUAAAUAAGUUUCUCCACGUACCAAUGCCACAUCUAUGUGUGUGUAUAUAAAUUAUUAAAGAUGUGUAUAUAUAUAUAUAUAUACUAAAGAUUAAAAUUUAAAUGGUUGGUGCUACUUGAGGAUACAACCAUGAAGAAAAUCACUUUGGGUGGGUGAUAAGAUGUAUCUUUAAAAUUCAAACUGCUCUUUGAUGAACACCAUGUGGCUGAGACCACCGUGCACUCUUGUUUUGCACUUGGGCUUAUCCAGCUUGUGUGGGGAGAGGCACCCCUUUGUAUAUUCAACAAAAUCCAGGUCUGGAGUAAUUCCUGUUAUGUCAAGUAUUGACAGAGUUAAAUGAUGUCUGUAUUGACAGAGUUAAAUGAUGUCUGACCUGGAGAUUGCAGUACUGUAGUGAAGGAACACUCCAAGAGGUGAAAAACUUCACCUGCUGCUGGUCUGGCAGUGGCUCUGAGACUGAAGUUCAGCCCUCACUCCAGACAGAGCAUAACCUGAAAUUAAAAGGUAGCACAGCUACCUUUGGAAAGGUGAUUUAAAAAGAAGGGAAGAGAAAAUGAGAGGGAAACCCAAGCAGAAUAUCUUCAAAACCAGCUUUUAGAUGAGGCUUUGGUUAUGUAUGGGACUCUGGUAAGUGUUAUGAUAAAACACAGCCAUACUGGAGCUAGUAUAUCUUUAUCCUGGGUAUUUAAAAAAAAAUCUAAAUAUUUAAAAAUUAUAUAGAGAAUAUAUAUGUAAAAGGAUAAUUGUUACUUCAGAAACUUGAAAUUUUUAGUGUAAUUUUAUAGCAUGUACAAUAAGGAAGUUAAAAUAUAUUUUAGUAUUUAAUACAACAGAGCAUUUGAAAUUAAUUGCUGUCUAUGUGCACAAUAGAAAAUUCAACACUGCAAUUCUGCUUUUCAAUGUUAAAAUGAAGAUGGGAUCACCUGUGAACUCACUCAUCAAUUUUCUAGACAGAGUAAUAGCUUCCUUCUGGUUUAGGCUUGGUGUAAAUACGGCUGAGCAGGAUCUGUCACUGUGAAGUGAUAUCUUUAUUUGGUUACUAUAAACAGAAUUUACCACACUGGAUACUUCUGUUAGUUCAAGCAUUGAAACAUGAUCAACAGGGAAGUUGAACUUUUUACACCAGUGAUUCUUUUCACUUGCACUUUUGUCCCAAGUGGCUAUAAUUAUCUGCUGAGCAAAAAAAAGAAAAAUGUAUAUUCUGUAAAUAUUGUAAAUGGUAUGAGCAUAUAAUGUCUGUUUUAGUUUGACUGUUUCAAUCUUUCAUUGAAGCAGGUGUUGUAAAAAAAAUAAAAUAAAAUUGGGACAGAA